CUUUAUGAAAUGUCUGAUCUGUUUUGGGGAAUGAUUCAGUGGGGUUCAUUUCUAUGUUUCACUUUAAAUAACAUUUUCUCAUCUCAGGUUCUUCAGAAACGAUGCAAUUCUUGUGUAUCACAGCUUUACUUCUGUCAGCAGUUGCUGCCCGUCCAGAUUCCUGGAGGCCAUGGCAGGAUGAAAAGUUUCCUCCUGCAGGUGGACCCAAGCUGGGUGCAGACUCUAAGCAUGGUGAUGGUGAGCAGUCGGUGCAAGAAGCCCCAGAAGACAGAGAUGGAGGGUCAGGUAGAGACUGGCCAGAAGGGGACUCUGGACAUCCAGUAUGGCCACAUGAGAUGCCCACUUGGCUCCCAAACAGACCAGGGAAGGGAAAUCCACAGGGGCCCAUGAAAGGGACUGAUGGGAACGAUCGCCGGCCGGGGAGACCCUCUCAAGUUCCUAAUCGGGGCAAAAGACAGGCUCCUGGUUUCAUACAUGAUCAGCCUGGAAGACAUCAUUCUAGGCCCAGCAAGCAUUUUGGGAGACCCAGAGGACCUCACAGAGGCAAGGGGCCCAGCAUGAGGAACCCUGGUCCAACGGGCACUGUGGUAUUUUCCCCUUUGUUCAAGGUUGACAAUGUGACAUUUCAGAACGUUACCAGCGUACCUUUGAAAGAGGGGGAAAAUCUAUUUCUGAUGCCAAAGCUUGGUGGAAGAGGACAUCACCAUCACAAGGGAGGAAAACAUGGGCCUCCAGAGAAUGGGCAAUAUGUAAAGCUCAUCUACAACACCACUGAGCCGAGCAAAGUCUCCAUUGAGUAUGGGGUUGUGAAACCUAUGUAUGUUGGCGAGCUUGUCGGAGAAGAAAACAAUCCAGAAGGAGAUGACUUGUAAAAGGAAGAAACCAGCAGCACCAUGUUUGAUUCUCCAUCGUUAUUAAGUCUUAGAGGAGAUAUCCUAAGAAAUCAUUAAUAUAAUUCCUUGUUCCUCCUAUAAAACCAAAUUUUCUGUGUACUGCAAUAAAAUUCUGAAACAA